AUGUCCACGAUCAAGACCUUCCUUGGCAACGAGGACGCCUCCGACGCCGUCCAUGAAUUCAGAAAAGACGUCAAAACCACAAUACAAGACCCAGAGGCGCCUGUUCAAUCAGAAGAUGAAUAUGCUGGAGAAUUCGCAGAAAUUUCGACUGUGAGGCAAGGCCUUCAUCAGAGACACAUUCAAAUGAUUGCUUUGGCCGGUACCAUUGGAACAGGCCUCUUCCUCAGUUCUGGAAGAGCGAUUUCCCGUUCUGGUCCCCUGGGCGCCUUUAUAGGAUACUUGGUCAUGGGAUGUGUUGCCGGCACCGUAACCCUUGCGGUGGGCGAAAUGGGCUCACUUAUUCCUCUGAAUGGCGGAAUUGUCCGCUACGCCGAAUACUUUGUCGACCCGGCAUUAGCGUUUGCCAACGGCUACAACGUGGUCUAUUCUUACCUUGUGUCUAUCCCUGCAGAGAUCGUGGCUGCUGCUGUACUGGUACAGUUCUGGUCUGACAUCAAUGGUGCAAUUUGGAUCACCAUCUUUGGGUUGCUCAUGGUGUGUACCGCAUCAGUCUUUGUGAGAGUAUAUGGGGAGCUCGAGUUCGGUUUCUCCAUCAUGAAGAUCUUGCUGAUCAUUGGAAUCAAUAUAAUGGCUCUUGUGAUCACCUGUGGUGGCGGUCCUGACCAUAAAACCAUCGGGUUUGAAUACUGGCGUAAUCCUGGGCCUUUCGUUCAGUACCUAGGGAUCAGUGGUGCUCUUGGUCGCUUUCUCGGUGUUUGGACAUCCCUUAAUAGUGCUCUUUACGCUUAUUCGGGCAUUGAAGUAAUUACUGUUGCCGCAGCAGAGACAAAAUCUCCGAGGCAGGCUAUUCCGCAGGCGGCCAAGCGGGUUUUCAUUCGUAUAUUGAUUUUCUACAUCAUCUCAAUCUUCAUGGUUGGCCUUGUGGUCCCCUCCAAUGACCCUAGGCUCACUAAUUCUAGUGGGACUGCAUCUCAGUCUCCCUUUGUCAUCGCGGCUACUCUGGCUGGAAUCAAGGGAGUGCCAUCAAUUAUCAAUGCUGUCGUCAUCACGUCAGCGUGGUCUUCAGGCAACUCGAAUAUGCUCGGAGGGACUAGGGUAUUAGUUGGCCUGGCGAUGAACGGUCAAGCCCCAAAGUUCUUCACUCGACUUAACAGAUUUUCGGUCCCCUGGAUUGCAAUUUCGUUCUAUGGUCUGUUUAUGUGUCUGGGAUAUAUGUCGCUCUCUUCGACUGCCAGUACCGUGUUUAAUUGGCUACAAGAUCUUGUCUCUAUAACAACUCUGACCAACUGGCUUACUAUCCUGGUCACGUACCUUCGUUUCUACUACGGUUGCAAGAAACAGGGGAUUCCGCGGGAGUCUCUGCCCUGGGCGACCCCGCUCCAGCCAUAUAUCAGCUGGGCCUCGUUGUUCAUGCUCACCAUCCUGCUCAUCACGGGCGGAUACUCAACCUUUAUCAAAGGGCAUUGGGACAACGAAGGAUUCGUCUCAUCCUAUAUCAAUAUUCCUCUUUUCCUGAUCAUGUACUUUGGUUACAAAUUUGUUCGCAAGACGAAGAUCAUCCCCUUGGAAGAUAUCCCCAUUCAGCCCUUUAUUGAUAUUGCCAAUCACAAUCCAGAGCCAAAGCCAAAGUCAAAGAAAGGUCUUCGCAGGCUGAACAUUCUAUGGAGCUGA